AUGAAUUACGAUCAUUACCAAAAUGAAAAUAUAUUUAAUGAUGUAAGAAAAUUAAAAAUAGAUAAGCAACAUUUUAAUUACAUUAACCAAAAUAUACAAUCAAAUGAUAAAUUUAUAAGUAGACUUCAAAAUACAAUGACUUUAAAAGGUCAUGAAGGAUGUGUGAAUAGACUUAAAUGGAAUGAUGAUAAUUAUUUAUUAGCUUCAGCUAGCGAUGAUAGAAAAGUUUUAAUUUGGAAUGUUAAUUCAUAUAAAUAUAAAAAUAAACCUAAAUAUGCUAUUGAAACAGGUCAUUUCUAUAAUAUUUUUGGAGUAGCAUUUAUUGAUAAUGAUUUUGUUGUAACUGGUUCUAUGGAUAGACAAGUUCGUGUGCAUAAUAUUCAUAAUUCUUCUUAUAAAGAUAUUCAUAAGUGUCAUUCUGAUAGGGUAAAACAUUUAGCAACUAUACCAAAACAUAACAAAUUUAUUUACUGGUCAUGUUCAGAAGAUGGUACUGUUAGACAAUUUGAUACUAGAGAAAAACAUAUAUGUAAUCCACCUGAUUGUAAAAAUGUUAUAAUAAAUUAUAAUAGAGUUCAUAAUGAGAAUAAAAUUAAUAGAUAUAUUCCUAAUAAUACAAAUAGAAAAGCAAAAAAAUUUAAUUUCUUUUUGAAAAAUAGAUAUAAUCUUCUUAGAGCAAUGAAUGAACAUAAAUAUCUUAACAUGGAAUUUCAAAGAGAACUGAAAGCUAUAGCUGUUAAUCCAUUAUUUAAUAAUUAUAUUGGUGUGUGUUCAAAUGAUAUGCUAAUAAGAGUUUAUGAUAGGAGAAUGUUAAAUCUGUAUAAAAAAAAUGAGAAAAUGAAUUUAAGGAACAGUAUUCCUUCAGAUACAUAUUACCCAAAACAUUUAUGGAAUUAUUGUGAUGAAGAUGAUGAAAAAAAAUUAAAUCAUAAUUCUCUUUUUUGUACUCAUUUAGCUUGGUCAAACGAUGGAAAAUAUUUAGGUGUAACAUAUAACAAUGAACACGUUUAUUUAUUUAAUUUUUUAAAUAAAGAAGAAGAAAAAUGCCUCAGUUAUAAUUUUGUAGAUAAUAAAUGUACUUUUGAUUAUACAAAAAAAUACGAUAUUUUAUUCCCACCUUAUUAUAAUGAAAAAAAAGAUAAUAAUAAUAAUAAUUAUUUAGAAGAACGUAAUAAUUAUAUUUAUGAAUUGUCCUUAAUAAAAAAUAUAGAAAAGUUAGCUGGUGAAGCUUAUGAAAAAAAACAAUAUUUUGAAGCAGAAUAUUUAUAUAAUGAAUGCUUAAAUCUAGUAAAAAAUAAAGAUAUAAAAAAAGUCCUUUAUUGUAACUUAGCUAUAACACUAAUACAAAGAAAAGCAAAAAAUGAUGCAUAUUUAGCUGAACAAUAUUCUCUGGAAGCUUUAAAAUUAGAUCCUCAUUAUUACAAAGCAAUAUAUAGAAGAAUUCAAGCUAAUAUUGUUAAUAAAAAAUUAAUAAAUGCAUACAGAAUUACCUUGUCUGCCUGUAAACAUUAUAAAGGUGUUAUUGAAUUUUUUUAUUUAAAAAAAAAAAUAAAAAGAAAAUUAUAUGAAUUAUAUAAGGAUAAAAUAAGUUCAUUAAAGGAAGAAAACGUAAGCAACGAAAAAAAAAAAAAUGAAGAAAAAAAUAAUGAAUCAUUUUAUAAAAAAAAAUUUAUGUAUGAUGGAGAUGAAGAAGAAAAUGAAAGUGAAUUUAAUUACGAAGAUACUGAUGAUGAAGAUGAAGAUGAAGAAGAAGAAGAAGAUGAAAAUGAAAAUGAAAAUGAAGAUGAAAAUGAAGAUGAAGAUGAAAAUGAAGAUGAAGAUGAAAAUGAAGAUGAAGAUGAAAAUGAAGAUGAAAAUGAAGAUGAAAAUGAGAAUGAACAUGAUGAAAAGGAAAAGGAAAAUGAUAAAAAAAGUGUCAAUUAUAAAGAAUAUAAAAAUAAAGAGAAUAAAGUGAUUUACAAUAAUAAUGAAGAAAAAGAAGAUAUUAAUACUCAUACAAGUAAAAAUGAAGAUAAAGAAAAUAAUGAUUCAUUAGUAAUAAAUUCAGAUACUUAUUCUAAUAAUCUUGUAAAAAAUGAAAGUAAGAAUUUCAAAGAAGACGAAAAUGAGAACACUUUUGAAAAUAAAAAAAAUUACAAUGAAUUUAUGAAUUUAAAUAUACCAUUGAACAACAACAAUGAUACUAUGAAAAAAUUUACAGAAAAAAAAUGUUUAAAUGAAAAUAAUUCUGAUGAAAAAAAAAGAAAACAUGAACAGUUCAUUGAAUCUAGUUCUCAAAAUUUUUUUAGCACCUCGAAUGAAUUAAGAAAAAAAAAAAAAAAAAAAAAGAAAUAUAAGCAUAUAGAAGAAAUGCAUGAAUACAUAGAUAUGCAAAAAAAAGAAUAUAACAAUAUAGAAGAAAAGAAAGAAAUAUAUAAUCUAGAAAAAUUUAAAGAUAAUAAUCAUGAAAAAACAAUAGAAUCAUUUGAUGAUAAUCUAAAAAGUGGAUGUAGAGUGGAAAGUAAGAAUAUUGAUGAAAAUUCAAAAAAAGACAAAAUUGUGAAAAAAAAAUUAAAGGAAAAAAAAGGAGAAAAACAUAUGAGUAUUAUUAAUCAGAUAUCUCUUUAUUUACAAUAUAAAGUUCUUCAUUCUUAUCCUUUUUUUUUAAUUUUUUAUGUUAGUUUUUGUUAUAGAAAUUCAAUAACAUCAUGGAAGGGGUGGCCACAAUAUUACUACUUAUCUGUGAUAGAAAAAGUUUAUAACUUAAAAAUGAAAGAAAAACUCUUAAAAGAUAAACAUUAUGAAAAGAAAAAUGAUAUAAAAUUAAAAAAAUAUAAUAGAAAUUAUGAAUAUAUCUUCUCUAAUAAAAAAGAAAAGAAAUAUAAAUUAAAUAUGAUUAAAGAAAAGGAAAUUUUGAGAAAUUCAUUUGAAUUAGAUAAAAAAAGGCAGCAAAACAAAUUAAGCUUUAAAAAAAGUGUUAAGAAUAAUAAAAAGGACAAUACAAAUUGUGAAUUAAAGAAAAAUUAUAAUUUUUUAAAGAUUGAACACAGUAAUUUAGAAACCAAUAAUAAUUUUAAUGAAGAAAAUAAUGAUGAUAAUUUAAAUAAAAAGGAUGAAAACCAUGAAAAUAUAUAUGGUAAAAAUGAAACUCAUAUAAAUAAUAAUUAUAAUUUAAAAGAUGACAACAAGAAAAAUACUAAUAUAAAAAAUUAUGAAAAAAACGAAUUCUUAUACAAUUUCCGCGAAUUCCUAAAUAAAAAAAAAAAAGAGAAAUGUGAAGAAAGGGAAGAAGAAAAUAAAAGAGAAGAAAAAGUAGAAGAAAAUAAAAGAGAAGAAAAAGUUGAAGAAAAUAAAAGAGAAGAAAAAGUAGAAGAAAAUAAAAGAGAAGAAAAAGUAGAAGAAAAUGAUGAUGAAGAAAAAUACAAAGAGGAAGAAAAAAAAAAAACAAAAGAAAUACUUCUUACUAAUAUAAAAAACAAUGAAAGAAUAAAAAAAAAAAGAAAAAAAAUAUUUCUAAAAGAAAAAUUUGAUGAAAAACAAAGUUCUUACUCAUAUACUUCAAAUUCUUCUGGAAAUCAUGAAAAUGUUAGAAAGGAAAAAAUAAAAAAAGAUAUAGAUUAUAUUUUAGAAAAAUCUUAUAGAAAAACAAAUCAAAGGAAUAUAAUUAGAUUAGAAUUGUAUCGUUCUACAUUUAGUAAUACAUCUGUUGGUUCUGACACGCAAAAUCAAAAUACAAAUGUUUCAAUUCAUGAAAAUGCAGUUACUGAAGAUUCUAAUAAUACUUAUAAUCAAAACAAUAUUAUUAGUACUAAUAACUUAAGUAAUCAAAAUGAAAAUAUAAAUGAUGAAAAUUUGAGAAGUGACAUUAAUAAUAUGAAUUAUAGAGUAGAGUCUUUUACUCAUGGAAUCUUAAAUGAUUUUAAUUUUAGUUAUUUUAGAUUAGGAAAUAAUAAUGUUAUUCUAAGUACUAGAUUAGUAAAUGAUAGUAACAAUAGCAACAAUAACAACAUCACUGCUAAUAAUAAUACAUCUUUAAGUAAUAAUAACACUGAUAACGAUAAUACUAAUAACGAUACUAGAACUAUUACUAAUAAUUGUAAUAAUAAUAAUAAUAACACUGAUAACAAUAAUACUAUCAACAAUAAUAGAACUAUUACUAAUAAUAAUAAUAAUAAUAAUAAUAAUAAUAAUAAUAACACUGAUAACGAUAAAACUAUUAACAAUAUUAGAACUAUUACUAAUAAUUGUAAUAAUAAUAAUAACAUUGAUAACAAUAAUACUAUUUAUGAUAGUAGAACUAUUACUAAUAAUUGUAAUAAUAAUAAUAACAUUGAUAACAAUAAUACUAUUAAUGAUACUAGAACUAUUACUAAUAAUUGUAAUAAUAAUAAUAGUAGUAGUACUACUACUAAUAGCUCUAAUUCUAAUAAUAAUAUUAAAAAAAAUAAUAUUAUUAUAAAUAAUAAGUAUAAUAAUAAUGUUGAUAAUAAUGUAAGUUUAGAUGGAGAAUUUUUAGUAAAAAAAGAAAGAAAGGAAAAUGAAAAACAUUUUUCAUCAAACUAUGAUUUCAAUGAAUAUGUGUAUUCAUCAAGCAGAAGUAGUAAAUUAAAAAGUAACGAAUGGAAAGAAAAUAAUAUAUAUCAAAAUGAAUAUAAAAAUGAAAAUGCAUUAGAUAUAAAAAUGGACAUUGAAAAAAAUAACAAAAAUGUAAUUAGCUUAAAAAAUGAAAAUAAAACAAAAGAAAAAAAAAAAAUGAAAAAGAAAAGUGAUGACAAUGGGAAUAGUACUAAUAGUAGUAAUUUAAGCUUUAAAAGUAGCGAUUCUAAACAUAGUAAUUCUGAAAAAUCUGUAAAUAAAGAUGAUAAUAGUAUUAAAAUAAAAAAAAAAAAAAAAAAAAAAAAUUCUGAUAAUAAAUCAUCUUCAAAUUAUUCUAAAAAUUUUUUACAUGAUUAUUCCUUAAAAAAUAAUAUAAAAGAUAAAAGAAAAAAAAAAGAAAGUAUGAGAGAUAUAAAAAAUAAAACAAGAAAAUAUUUUAAUAAAAAGAAAAAAUGUGAAUACAUAAUAUAUGAUUCUAAUAGUUUAAUAAAUGAAAUUAAUACAUCAGAAUUAGAAGAAAAGGAUGAAGUAGAUGUAUAUUCUUCUGAUGAGCAAAAUUUUUUGCAUAAAAAAAAAAUUUCUAUACUAAAAAAUCAUGCUAUUUUAGAUUUCCGUGAGUACUCUUCAGAUAAUAGUUAUUCUUCAUUAUCAACAGAUAACACUAGCUCAACUUAUGAAAAUCAAUUCUAUGAUUACCUUUAUAAUGAAAUUGAUUACAAAGAUAUUAAUUCUUGUAAAAAUAUAUAUGUAUUUGAAAAAAAAAAGAAAAAGAACAUUCGAAACUAUAUAGAAAAAAUUGAAGACCCAUUAUGGGUCCCUCAAGGAAAUUGUAAAAGAUUUGUAGGACAUUGUAAUAAUGGGACAGAUAUAAAAGAAGUGGCAUUCUGGAAUGAUAAUGUUAUUUUAGCUGCAAGUGACAAUAGUGAAGUUUAUGUGUGGAGAAUAAGAGAUGGAAAAUUAUUAAAUGUUUUGAAAGGUCACGAAAAUCAUGUAAAUUGUGUUCAAGUACAUCCUGAAGGGUCUUUUUUAGCUACAAGUGGAAUUGAUAAAUAUAUACAAAUAUGGCAGCCAAAUAACAAAAAGGAAUUUAUUUUUGAUAAAAGUGUUCAAGAUACUAUGUUUGAAAAUCAGAAAUUAUUAGAAUUAUCAAACACGAAUUAUUUUAGUUUUGUUAAUUUUUCACCCAUUAUUAUCAACACAUCAAGAAACAAUCAAUCACAAAGAUUUGCUGAAUGUUUAAUUCAAUAG